AUGAAUUUGUUCAGCAAAUUCAAAGAUGCCGUUUUAAAAGAGCAAGAAGAGGAUGUAGCUCAAACCACCGAAUACAUCAAUGCAUACCCACCGAAGAAGCUAGCCCAAAUGGGCCUAGCUGUGAUCAACUUGAAUAUCUCCAACAUGAGAACAGGGAUUGGAGGCAAGACGAUUUUGGAGAUGCAGUUGGACAAUGCUGUUAGCAGUGGGGAUUUAUCCUCCACAUCGAUGAAAACGGGUGAUAUUGUAAGAAUUGCCAAGAUGGCUGGAUCAGAACGAAAGAAAAAGAGGGAUGAUGAUGAGGCUGGAAACAAGGAUGAGUCUAUUGAGGCUGUAGUCGUUAAAAGUUCCAACCAAACAAUCACUCUUUCUGUUGACGAGUCCACUGGUGAUGACAAGGUGCUCAACUACUACAAUAAUACCAACGACUCCACCAGAUUAUGGAUUGUCAAACUCGCAAAUUCCAUCACUUACAAACGAAUGUUGACCACAAUGAACAAAGUCCUAGAGUUAAAAGAAAGUAACAAAAAUGACAUACACAAAUUGCUUCUUGGUGAAAUUGAAUACACUGCAUUGAGUGGGAGUUCCAGCAUCCAGUUUUUGAAUUCAGGCUUAAACCCUUCGCAAAGGUCGGCAAUUGAUUUCGCAAUCAACAAGUCCAACAUCUCAAUAAUCUUUGGUCCACCAGGAACGGGUAAAACCAUGACUUUGGUUGAGUUAAUUCAACAACUAACUGCUCGUGGAGAGAAAGUUUUAGUGUGUGGACCAUCAAAUAUCUCAGUUGACACGAUUUUGGAGAGACUUGGCGGACACUAUAAAGUGGGAGAGUUGAUUCGAAUUGGACAUCCAGCUAGAUUGUUACCGGUAAACCUUCAACACUCGCUUGAAGUUCUUUCCAAAAAUUAUGGAAGAGACGUGAUUGAGGAUCUAGAGAAUGAUAUCCAAUCUGUUUUGAGCAAGAUCAAAAAGUGCAAGAGAUAUGGAGAGAGGAAGGCGUUGUAUCAGGAGUUGAAACUAUUGAAAAAGGAGUUGAUUCAAAGGGAGAGGAAAGUGGUUCAUGAAUUGCUCAAUGGUGCAAAAGUCAUACUUGCCACAUUACACGGAGCUGGUUCUUACGAUUUGAAAAGAAGUGGUGUCAAUUUUGACUCGAUAAUUAUAGAUGAAGUUUCGCAAUCGUUGGAGCCGCAAUGCUGGAUUCCACUACUACACAAUGACAAAUUCAAGAGAUUAGUUAUUGCCGGCGACAAUAUGCAACUACCGCCAACUAUAAUUUCAGGGGCAGGCACCCUUUUGGAAACAACAUUGUUUGACAGGUUGGUUAAAGACCUAAAUGGGAAUAAGUUUAAAAAAUUGUUGAAUGUUCAGUACCGGAUGAAUGACAGUAUUAUGAAAUUCCCCAGCAUGCAGUUGUACGAGGAUAAGCUCAUCAGUGACGAGUCUGUUAAGGAAAUUGAACUAAGUGACCUUCCUGGCGUUGAAAGCAAUGAUGACACCAAUGUGCAAUGUGUUUGGUAUGACACCCAAGGAGGCGACUUUCCUGAACAAAAACUAGAGUCAAUAAAGGGAGAUUCCAAGUAUAACGAGAUGGAGUUGGGAAUCGUUAGAAGCCACAUAAAGAAAUUGAUGGAAAGCGGUGUACUGCCUUCAGAUAUUGGUGUUAUUGCUCCAUAUGCUGCUCAAGUGCAACUACUCAAGAAACAACUUGGCCCCGAUUCGCUAAUCGAAGUGAGCACAGUUGAUGGCUUCCAAGGUCGUGAAAAAGAAGUCAUCAUUUUGACGUUGGUGAGAUCUAAUGAUGAGCGAGAUGUCGGAUUCUUGAGUGAAGAGAGGAGAUUGAAUGUUGCAAUCACGCGACCAAAGAGGCAACUCUGUGUUGUGGGUGAUUUACAAUUGAUGGAUGACUCGGGCCACAAGUUUCUUAAAGAUUGGAGUAGGUACGUUGAAGAUGGUUUUGAAGAUGGGAAAUCGGUACGACCAUACGAAAUUGUAUAUCCAAACAUUGAUGACUAUACCGAUUGA